ACUCACCAAAGCAGUCCUCUUACGAUUAUUGACUGCUAAAACCCCAUUUUCCUGAUUUUUAUCUAACAUUUCCUCUCUUUUCAUUACUCUCUCCCUUAUCUCUCCACACUCCCAUCCAUCAGCCAUGCCCUCCUUCGCCGCACCCACCAAUCUCAUCACCAACACUCCUCUCUCCUCCUCUUCCCGCCGUAAAUCACUCGCCUCCUCGACCGGCACUCCUCGCGCUUCCUCUUUCAAAUGCGAUCUCUCUUCUUCUUCUUCUUCUUCACAACAAAACCCUAAACCCCACAAUUCCCUUCUCAAAACCUUGACUAAACCUCUGGCCGUUGCUUCCGCUGCCAGUCUCUUCCUCCGACUCACCCCCAUCCCUUCCCCCUUCAGCGGCGGUGGUAAUAAUGGCGGCGACUGGGGAGGCCGGGGCGGCGGAGGAGGUGGAGGCGGAGAAAACAACUUUAAUGGCGGUGAAGCUGGCGGAGAUGGGUUUUGGAAUAAACUGUUUCAACCGGCACCGGCAAUUGCGGACGAGUCACAGUCAAAAGAUUUUGAUUCACAUGGUUUACCGGCAAACAUUGUGGUUCAGUUAAACAAAUUGAGCGGUUUUAAGAAAUACAAACUCUCAGACAUCGUUUUCUUCGAUCGGCGACGAUAUACAACUGUCGGCAGCCAAGAUUCAUUUUUUGAAAUGGUGUCACUCCGACCGGGAGGGACUUACACGAAAGCACAGCUCCAAAAAGAGCUUGAAACACUAGCGAGUUGUGGAAUGUUCGAGAAAGUAGAUAUGGAAGGAAAAACAAACCCUGAUGGAACCCUAGGGAUUACGAUUUCAUUUACUGAGAGUACAUGGCAAUCAGCCGAUAAGUUUAGGUGUAUCAAUGUAGGACUAAUGCAACAGUCGAAACCAAUUGAGAUGGAUCCAGAUAUGACUGAUAAGGAGAAAUUAGAGUAUUAUAGAAGUCAAGAGAAGGAUUAUAAGAGAAGGAUUGAGAAGGCGCGCCCGUGUUUGUUGCCCGCAUCUGUGAAUAGAGAGGUGCUUCAGAUGUUGAGAGAUCAAGGGAAGGUUAGCGCGAGAUUGUUGCAGAAGAUUAGGGAUAGAGUACAGAAAUGGUAUCAUGAUGAAGGCUAUGCUUGUGCUCAGGUUGUUAAUUUUGGGAAUCUGAAUACUAAAGAAGUUGUUUGUGAAGUUGUUGAAGGGGAUAUUACUCAGAUGGUUAUUCAGUAUCAGGAUAAACUUGGUAAUGUUGUUGAAGGGAAUACUCAACUUCCUGUUGUUAAAAGGGAAUUGCCUAAACAGCUUCGACAAGGUCAAGUUUUUAACAUUGAAGCUGGGAAACAAGCUCUCAGGAACAUAAAUUCAUUGGCCUUGUUUUCAAAUAUUGAAGUGAACCCAAGGCCUGAUGAGAAGAAUGAGGGAGGAAUUAUUGUUGAGAUUAAGCUUAAAGAACUAGAGCCUAAAUCAGCUGAAGUUAGCACUGAGUGGAGUAUUGUACCUGGACGUGGAGGGCGUCCCACAUUGGCUUCAUUCCAGCCAGGUGGAACUGUUUCUUUUGAGCACCGGAAUAUCAAAGGGCUGAAUAGAUCCAUUCUUGGUUCAAUAACCACCAGCAAUUUCUUUUUACCUCAGGAUGAUCUUGCUUUUAAGCUGGAGUAUGUUCAUCCAUAUUUGGAUGGUGUAUAUAAUCCACGCAACCGCACUCUCCGUGCAAGCUGCUUCAACAGCCGGAAACUAAGUCCAGUCUUCACUGGUGGGCCAGGAGUGGAUGAAGUCCCUCCUAUAUGGGUUGAUCGUGCUGGCCUCAAAGCUAACAUUACUGAGAAUUUUACUCGUCAGAGUAAAUUUACUUACGGAAUUGUGAUGGAAGAGAUAACAACACGAGAUGAAAGCAGCCAUAUUUCUGCCAAUGGUCAAAGAGUGUUGCCAAGUGGAGGAAUUAGUGCAGAUGGGCCUCCAACAACUCUCAGUGGUACUGGCAUUGAUCGCAUGGCCUUUCUACAAGCAAAUAUCACGCGUGAUAACACCAAGUUCGUAAAUGGAGCUGUAGUUGGUGAGAGGAAUGUAUUUCAGGUGGACCAAGGCCUUGGAAUUGGCAGCAAGUUUCCAUUCUUUAACCGUCACCAACUUACUAUCACGCGAUUUAUACCAUUGACGCAAGUGGAGGAAGGUGCUGGUAAACCGCCACCGCCUGUACUUGUCCUGAAUGGGCAUUAUGGUGGAUGUGUAGGAGAUCUUCCAAGUUAUGAUGCUUUUACCCUUGGCGGACCUUAUUCUGUAAGAGGCUACAAUAUGGGUGAAUUAGGAGCAGCCAGAAACAUCCUUGAGCUUGGAGCUGAAAUAAGAAUACCUGUGAGAAAUACGCAUGUAUAUGCAUUUGCAGAGCAUGGAAAUGAUCUCGGAACAUCGAAGGAUGUCAAAGGAAACCCAACAGAGGUCUACAGGAGAAUGGGACAUGGUUCAUCAUAUGGUGUUGGUGUCAAGCUGGGUUUAGUGAGAGCUGAGUAUGCGGUCGAUCAUAAUACUGGCACUGGUUCAAUAUUUUUCCGUUUUGGGGAGAGAUACUGAAAACAAUCCACAAUUGGUUAUGUAGAUGUGCUUAGUAUAUUUCAGCUAUUAGGUUUUUUUGGAAGAACUGGAAUUGUUGACCAGAGCGAAACUUUACGAGAACCCUAGAACUAGAUUGAGAAAUAUCUUUUCAUUUGAGUGCACUGCGCCCUUUUUCCAGUAGAUGGUUGUUAGUCUCUUAUAUUGGCUGUUUGAUGAGAGAUUUGAAAUGGUGAAAAAGAGACGGAUGUUUCAGAUAAUUUGUGUGCUUGCUCUUUAGACAUGUCUCUGGCUAAUUAGGCAAGUUUCUUUAUCUUUGGUUGUGUAAAACUGAAAAUAAAUUUACACAUUUCAAAGUGAUUAAAUUUUCUCAA